AUGGGCUGGUCAGACUUCAAAAAGAAGUUGUCGGGGAAGCCAAGCUCACAUCCGGCUGACUCCCAAGCAACAGCGGCAAAGACUUUGACUGCGCAGCCAAAGGCAACACCGCCCCAUGCUGCUCCAAAAGCGGAAGAACCCACUGUGUCCGGCAAUGAGCCCCUGGAUAGCGAAGAGCCUACGCCCAGAAAAGAUGCCGCGCCAGCAGUUGAUCGUGUCCCAUCCACAGAGGCACAGGAACCAGACGUGCCAGUGGGAGAGACGAAAACCACGCCCGAAAAACUGUGGGACGCAGCCUACCAGGGGUUGAAGGAUUCAGACGAAGAUCUCGUCAAGGCCUACGAGACUAUUCUAUCUGCUAGGCUGAGCAAUAAGAACAUCGAGUCUAAUGAAGCCUGGACUGGCGGCAGCACCAUUGGGGAGACGCCUGAGACGAGAAAAGACCAAAUGAAAAAGGCAAUUGAUGUUGGGCUGAAAUCUUCUGAAAAGUUUGCAAAUUUCAAGGGCAAGAUUAGUGAAGGGGCUGAUGCCAUUGCGAACGUUAAGGGCUUGAUUGAUCAAGCAGUCAAAGCAUCGCCUGAAGCGUCUGUUGCUUGGGCCGGCGUUAGUUUUGGGCUUGAGAUCAUUGCAAACCCAAUCACGCAGCCAGGUUUAAACCGCAAGGGACUCUCCUGGGUCCUGGCACGAAUGGAAUGGUACUGGAAGUUGGCAGAUCUACUUCUAGACGAGAAUCGGAACAAGGAAACGUCUACGAAGGACCUUAGAGACCAGCUUGAGAAGCACAUCGUCAAGUUGUACCAGUCAUUGCUCUCUUACCAAAUGAAGAGUAUAUAUCUUUACCAUCUCCACUGGGCCAAGGUCAUUUUACGAGACUUAUUCAAGCUCGAUGACUGGGCCGGUCAAGUCACCGGGAUUGAGAAGGCCGAAAAGGCGGUUCUUGAGGAUUCCAAGACGUACAACACUGAGCACAUAAAGUCUCAGCUCAGUGGUCUGUUGGAAUUUUCGAAAGCCCAGGUGCUGCAACUCCAGGAUAUUAACAGAGCGAUUCAGGAUCAGACGGAGCGGGAGGAGCAGCGCUACCAAGACGAAAAAGAUCUGAAGUGCCUUCAAGAACUGCGAGUGGUAGAUCCUCAGGUUGAGAAGGAUUCCAUUGAAAAGAAGAAGGGAGGGCUGCUGGAGGGCUCGUAUGCUUGGAUUCUGAAGCCGUUUUCUGACUUUCAUCAAAGCGACCAGCAGAAAUUGUUUUGGAUCAAAGGCGAGCCGGGCAAAGGAAAGACAAUGAUGAUGUGCGGGCUCAUUGAUCACCUCAAGAGUGAUGUUGAUCAUGGUGAUCCUUGUCUAACCUACUUCUUUUGUCAAGAACCCGAAGCAAAUCAGAACAAUGCCACGGCAGUCUUAAGAGGCUUGAUCUGGAUGCUUGCCUCUCAACGACCUUCCCUCAUCAAACACGCUCGAAAGACGUGGGACACCUCAGGGGCUGUAGCUUUCUCUGAGAAGAACGCCUCGGUUACUCUGGCAAAAAUCCUCACCAACAUGCUGCAAGAUGAGAGCGCAAAAGGGGCGAUAGUGGCUAUUGACGCCUUGGAUGAGUGCAGGACAAAUAGGGACGAGCUCUUGGAUAUCAUCGCAACCUUGUCGUCCGCUACUAAGGCUACGUGGGUUGUCUCAAGUCGACCCUGGAAAGAUAUCGAGGACAAGUUCGCAUCAGUCGACAAGACUACGCUGGACCUCAGGGAUCACGAUAACGAUCUGUCACAGGCUAUCGAAUUUUAUAUUGAGCACAAGAUUCAACAGCUGGAGAAGACAAUAUCGCAAAAGAAUAUUGAUGUCAUCAGGCCUCAUCUCAUCAAUAACGCAAAUGGGACUUUUCUCUGGGUAGGAUUGGUCUGCACCGAACUGACCAAGAGUGGUGUGGCGAAUUACGACGCCGUCGAUAUUGCGAAAGAAUUUCCUGCCGAGCUAAACCCAUUGUACAAACGGAUGAUGGAGGGAAUAUCUGUCCUCCGACGGGCAAAGACAUGCUAUCAGAUUCUUGGUACGAUAUGCACCGUUUACCGCUACCUCUCUAUCAGUGAGCUUCAAACUCUCAUUCAAGAUCUCGGGAGCAUGACACAAGAUGACGUGGUUCACCUCGUCGAAUCUUGUGGUUCCUUUCUGUCUGUCCGAGGUGAUGUGGUUUCUCUCGUUCACCAGAGUGCCAAGGAUUUCUUGAUCGAGAACGCCGCCGACGAAAUCUUCCCAUCUCAAAUAGUCUCGCAACACCAGAUCAUCUUCGAAACAUCAAUUUCGGUCCUCUCGAGUAUUCUCAAACAGAACAUUUAUGACCUCGAAGAUCUAGGCAUAUCGACGGAGCAGGCUUCACCUCCGAAUCCAGAUCCCCUCGCGUCUAUCAAGUAUUGUUUGCUGUUCUGGGAUGAACAUUUCAUCGAGUAUCAAUCUCAGCAAAACUCAGAACAAGCUGUUGGGGCUCUCAUCGAGUUUCUUGAGGAGCAUCUCUUGCAUUGGCUAGAAGCUUUGAGUCUCAUUGGCGGUGUCUCCGACUCCGUGACUGCAUUCCAGAAUCUGAAAGCCUUCGUAGAGAAAGACGAUACAAGCGAGUUGGCAGAGAUAGUCCGAGAUAGCCACCGAUUCAUUGUCACAUUUAGACACGCUAUCGAGGCGGCUCCUCUCCAAGUUUACGCCGCACCACUCAUAUUCAGCCCUUCAGAAAGUCAAGUCAGAAAUCUUUUUAGGAGACAGCGUCCUCCUCAAUGGACUUUCAAUGACAUUCCCCUGGAAGAAAAGUGGAAUGCGUCUACAUUUACUCUCGAGCACAGCGGGGAGCAGGUAAAAUCCACUGUCUUUUCUGCAGAUGGAAAAUUACUUUUCUCCGUCUCUUCAACUGGAAAGGUCAGAACCUGGGAUACGGCAACAGGCGACUGCCUCGAUACCAUUGGCAAUGAAAACAAGUCGUGGUCUUCGGUCUUACUUUGUGAUGGCAAGCCGAGGGCUUUCAGCCGCGCAAUGGAGGGAAAAAUCCACGUCUUGGAUCUAACCACGGGAACGGAGAUCCAAACUUUGGAUGUUCCAGAUAUUGAGUACCCGGAAGUCAUUGGAACCAACACUUCAAAGACCGUAGUCAUUGGUUCUUCCGAUGUCAUCACCAUCUGGAAACCCGAUACCGCCGAGCUUUUGGACACGAUUAAUCUAAGGGUCACGAAACGCACAGCCGGCUCUCCUCUUGAUAUAUGCAACAAUAGACUGGCUAUAUCCUCAAUCGACCUGUUUACAUCAACCGUCUUCAUCAAAAUAUGGGACCUACAAAAGAAGAAAUGCGUUCGCACCAUGGAAGGGCAUAAGAGAAAUCUAGAUUGGCUGGUGUAUGCAGGCGAUGAUAGCAGACUGAUAUCAGCGUCGUAUGAUGAAACAAUCAAACUGUGGGAUGUCGACAGACAAAAGUGCCUUCAGACGUUCCAAGCUGAGAACAACAGGAUAACCCAGGCAAUUCCGCUCGACAAAGGGAAACGCAUGAUGUUAGGAGCAGCGGACGGGGCAUUGAUGAUAUGGGAUGUCAAGACCGGAGUCUGCAUAGAUACCCUCCAUGCUCACAGCUCAUAUGUUGAAUCAUUGUCUUCGUCGCCGAAAUAUCAUCUCCUAGCUUCCGGAUCCAGGGACGGCACCGUCAAGAUCUGGGACAUGACUCAGCUGGCGACCCAAGGGCUGGGUCACAUACAUGAUAACAACCAUACCUCAGCCAGCGAGGUACAUGUGGGACAGGUCAACGCUAUUGCUGUCUCAAAUGACGGCAGAUAUGCUGCAUCUGGAGGUGCAGACGGAAAGAUUAUGAUAUGGGAUGCCCACGAUGGUGUUCUGGUAACAACAAUGCAGGGCCACGCCAAACCAAUUUGCUCGAUUGCAUUUUCAGAGAACGGCAAACAGCUCGCUACAGCAUCGGAAGACUUUGAGGCCAAAGUUUGGGACGUGGAGAAGGGAACGUGCAUUCAUACAUUGAUCCAUGCGAAAAAGGAGGUUAACGCGGCCAUCUUCCACCCAGACGGGAGUUUUUUCACGGCCUCGAGCGAUGGACUGAUCCGAUUGUGGGAUCUAGAGACUGAGUCUUGCGCCCCUCCCAUACAAUGUGAAGAAGAACCAGUCUUGCUUGUCCUCUCCGACGAUGGGGAGCGGUUGGCCUCUCUGGAACAGAACGGUCGCGUCAGAUUGUGGGACGUAGCCACCGGUGAUCCCGUGCCCAUCCCAGAAGCAUUCUCCGUGUCAGACAGCGAUACACCUGUCUAUGAAUUCCGCACACGUGAGCACCCGGCCCUUCGAACACAGCAGGCCGCUUUUCCAAUACAAUCUCUGGCACAGAACCAGAGAUGGUCCACUCGAGAGCCCCGGAAGAAAAAAAUCGACCUAACAUCUGUUCUUAGAGCCUUACUGGAGGGAAAGCCAGAGUUUUCGGCACCAGAUGGGUUCUCAGUAUCGGAUGAUAAGUCAUGGAUCGUAAGGGAUGGGAAGAAGAUUUUGUGGUUGCCAGCGGAAUUUCGACCUUCGUCUGUCGCGAUAGAGCAGUCCACAGUCGCUCUCGGCUGCCAUGGUGGUCAGGUAUUGGUUUUGCACUUUCCGGAAGAUUCAUUCAAGCUUGAGUCAGAUUAA